AUGUUCAACAAUAUUGGAAAUCAACGACGCACUCAUGAAAGUCCUAUGGAUUGGGAGUGGCAGACCAAAGGUCCAACAGACCCAAAUAGUCCAUUCCCUCAAUUCAAGCCCCAACCGGGACUCAACUCAAAUUUCGAGUCCCCCAAACCAUCAAGUUCUUUCAUAAAUUCAUCUUCGACGCCAGCAACCCCAUUUCGCAACCCUUCUUUUACCACUCCACGGAAACCAUUCGAUCCAGAGCUCUUCUCCGAAGCAUCAGGCGCCGAAUCCUCCCCAGCAGAUAACGCAGAUGCAGAAGAUACACCGGACGCGCAAAAAGCAAGUAUGACCAUGGCAGCAUUCACCGGUGGUUCAGAGAAAAAGCAACUCUUCGGGCGUUAUGGGGCAAGCUUCUUAGGAUACAGUCCAGGACGAGCUGAGCAGCGGCGUGGCAAAUAUGGAAAUGCAUUAGCGCAAAAGGUGCGAAAACGCAAACGGAUGGAGAGAGAUUAUUCAGUAGUCAAAUCGCAUAGAGAUGAUUGGGAUUCAGACUCAGACUCGGGGGGUUCACGACCAACGAGCAAGGGCAAAGACGAGAAAAAGCCAGGCUGGAUAUCAGAAUUCCUCAACGGCAUCGAGUCUCGACCAAACCUGCCAAACCUGUUAUCAUUCUAUACGCAACUGGGGUUCAACCUCUUCCUUCUUGGCCUGACUGUCUUUGGCAUUUAUACUUUCUGGACAGCUGUCAGAGCAGAUGUAGACAACGCUGCUGGUGAGGCGCGAGCGGAAGUUAUGGCGGAGAUCGGCAAAUGUGCUCGAGACUACGUGGAUAAUAGAUGCGGCCCAGAUAUGCGACUUCCAGCCCUAGAGAAUGUCUGCAAUGCAUGGGCGCUGUGUAUGAACAGGGAUCCGAACAGUGUCGGCCGGGCCAAAGUAAGCGCUCAUACAUUUGCGCAAAUCUUCAACAGCUUCAUCGAGCCGAUCAGUUACAAGGCUAUGAUAUUCGUCGUACUCUUAGUCACAGUCUGUAUCGUAGCCAACAACCUCGCAUUCGGCAUGUUCCGCUCCUCGAAACCCUCAACCAUGCCAACAGCACAACCAUACUAUCCACCAACACCUGGCCAAAACUUCCAAUGGGGAGCUCCGCCGCAAACACCACAGCAUAAUAUUGGGUAUGACCAAUGGGGUGGUCAGACCUUUCAAGCUAUCAUGCCGAGUCAUACACCUAGUCACAGGAGUCCCAGUAAAGGGUCGAGAAGCCCGAGCAAAGGGAACAGGAGUCCUAGUAAAGGAGACAGGGAUAGGAGUCCUAGUAAAGGGGAGAUGUAUUAA